AUGUCAAUCCAACCGCCGUUGAAUAACUUCACGGGAAUCACCACAAUGAACGCCAAUGUGACGGGAGUAUAUGGAACAAACCUCACUGCUCUGGAAGGCCAUAUUGUUUCCCGAAGAGCCAAUCCUGGAUUCGUGGUGCUCUCUUACAUGAUAAGUUAUGUAGGAGCAUGGACGACAAUGGAACUUCUCCAUAAAAGAACUUCCUGGAAAGGCAUAUACAACUGGGGACUUCUUCUCGGCUCAGCGAUAUCGAUGGGUGGCGUUGCAACUUGGUGCAUGCACUUUAUUUCAACGCGUGCCAUCAUUUUGGGGCAUGGGGAACCAGAAAUUCAGAUCUCAUACAGCACGGGGUACACAGCUCUCUCGUUUUUUGUCCCGGUUGUCGUACUCAUGAUAUCUUUCUGGACGAUAGGGGCCAAUGACAUAGUCAGCAUACCCCGAGUUUGCCUAGGGGGAAUGCUGGCAGGUUUGGGGUUUAGUGGGAUGGUUUACUUGGGUCAAGCAGGUAUCUCGAACUAUGUCUGCAUUUAUCUCGUCGCCUAUGUGAUUCCGUCCGCCAUCAUCGCCUGCCUUGCCAGUAUGGUGGCUUUGUUCGGAUUCUUUCACUACCGCUCGAACUGGAAUACAUCGUGGUGGAAAAGAGCCCUUUCUGGUCUCAUACUCGCUACUGGAGUGACUGCUAUGCAUUGGAUCAACAUCGCUGGUACUGAGUACCAACUGAAAGUGGUAGAUGUCUUUCCACCAAGUAAUAGAUCCAGGAACACCACGGUGACCAUUGUCAUCGUCUUUUCGACAUGUGGCUGCGUUGUACUUAUGUUUCUUUCGAUUGUUGCUCAAGCUCACAGACUUCGGAACAUAACCCGAGCACAACAGGUGGUCGUUGCCGCAGCAGUCUUCGAUGUCGACAAUCGAAUUCUCGUCACCCCAGGCGGCUUACUACCCAGCAAAAAGAUCACACACCAAUUUCUGGAACGGUCAUUCAACGACGUAUUUAACGCCUCACACCCAGUGUUUUUAUGGAUAUACAGGACGUCCCACAACUGGUCAGGUAUCUCAUAUCUGGUUCCCGCAAUGCGUAGACAUAUUGACGCGGCUGGUUUUGGUCAUCAACACCUCAGGUCAAAAUCUUAUGCUAACCUUAUGACGGAAGAGGGUGACCCCAUUGAGGAUUACUCCCUCGUAUUCAGAGAGCUCUUUUGUUUAGCAACCGCAGAUCUUGCAAUCCACCUCGAGAGAGAUAUCGAUGACAUGGGCAUACUAUACGAGGAAAUUACUGCAACUGGACACCUUUCUUCCGGAACUAGAAAGAUAGACAAGGCCAAAGCUAUGGUCGCAAAGGGCCGACAACCAAUUGACCCAGAGCGCGGAACCAUUAACACCGCAGGCGCUGCUGUAGAAAAUGUUGGCAAAGGGCAAUUGCUAUUUCUCGUCAGUCGCGCAGAUAAGACCGAGGCAGCAGAUCUACAAGCUGCCGGAUUUCGAUUCGCACCAAAGGAAAUGGUGUUGCCCAUGUUGUCAGCUUGUCUUCAAAUAGAUGACAGAGAGAUCAGUCGUCGUAUAGACCUCCUGAUCGACUACAUUGGCGACUCGCAUAUCCUCUCCCCAGGUGUUCAUGUCUCAUGCUUCGCGAUUAGGGCGUCAAUCGGCGCCGGCUUCGAUGUGCUGGCCAGGAGAGAUGCUAGGAAUCUCCUUCCGACAAUGCAAGUUCCUGAGCUUCGGACGCUAGAGCCAUGGCAGUUGGAUUACUUAAAAUCCAUGGAACUCCUUAGCGUAGCUGCAACCAUGAAACUCUUUAACAAAGACUCCAAGCCGAAAAACCCGAAUGCUGAGCAGCGAGAAUUUGCUAAAGCCAUGUUGACAACACUGGAGGCAAUAAAAGAUGAGAUAGACGAUCCGUUCUUCAACGAUGCCCAACUCAUUGCGCAACCCAUCGAAGCACCCUGCAAGGGAGACAGUGAUCACGGUUCUACAGGUGUUGCCUUGCUCAUUACUUAUAAGAUUAUAGUUCCAAUCCAUGCUCGGGCGCCUGGUAAGAAGCUAGAUUUCGUACCUCUGAAUUUGUUUCGAACACAGCAGCGAGUCUACCCUAAUUCUCCCGACCAUAUACAUCUAGCACGAGAAACGUUCCGCGAGUUCUCGAAAGUGCUUGAUAUGACCGGCUUCGAUGAGGACUCCCACAUGCGUGCUGCCCCUUCCAAGAGCAAGUUUUCUUUUAGGAAGAUGGCAACUCGCAAGAAGAGUGCUGAAGCCCAGGUCGGCGAGCCCAUUGAUAAAGACGGAAGGGGCGUGUCACAAUCUGGUAGUGGUCACCUGAAGCCGCCCGGUUCAUCGAAGAUCAAGUUUUGGGAAAAGGGCCAUAGGAAGGGACUGGACAACUCAUCGCAGGAAGGAUUGAUAGGCCCCGAGGAUGAAAGUGCUGAUUCUGAAUUUCCGACGUCAUCAAACGAAAACGGCAUAGAGAUGAAGAAGUUGUCCUCGGAGCACAUCGAGAAGAAGGCCGGCCCCAGUAAAGACGAAGGAGAGAAGCGGACGUAUAUCGAUGAGAUGUUUGCUAUCACUAUCAAGACGAAGGAAGGGGCGAGGGUAUGA